AUAAAGAAGUGCCCAAUCAAAGAAUCUCUCAGGAUGCACACCAUGUCCUAUGAAUAACACCCCCUAACCAUCUCUCUUUCACAUUAGAACAACACCCAACAAAACAACAGCAGGAUGGUUGACGGCGGCCUGGAAAAGCGGCGAGGAUGCACGUUCCGGCGAAACGACUUCUUCCCGGAGGAGUCAUUCAAGAGCUGGGGAAACUACAAAAGCGCGAUCACGUCGACGCCGGCGAGGCUGAAGGAUCGUGCCAUGAACCGAUCCAGUGAUCAAACGGAGCUGGUUGAGAUCAAGUCUAGGAGCAACGUUGAAAUGAAGAAGACUCUCAAUUGGUGGGACCUUAUUUGGUUCGGGAUCGGCGCCGUCAUCGGCUCGGGCAUCUUUGUCCUCACUGGACUUGAGGCCCGAGACCAUGCUGGCCCCGCCGUCGUGUUAUCGUUUGUUGUCUCCGGUGUCUCCGCUUUGUUCUCGGUGUUUUGCUACACCGAGUUCGCUGUGGAAAUUCCUGUUGCAGGUGGGUCAUUUGCGUACUUAAGAGUAGAGCUAGGAGACUUCGUGGCCUACAUAGCCGCCGGAAACAUUCUCCUGGAGUACGUAAUAGGCGGCGCCGCCGUGGCUCGGUCAUGGACCUCCUAUUUUGCCACCCUCUGCGACAAAAAACCCGACGACUUCCGGAUAAUAGUGGACAGCAUGGGCGAUGACUACGGCCACCUCGACCCAGUGGCCAUCGGUGUCCUCAUUGCCAUCACCGUCCUCGCCGUGUACAGCACCAAAGGCUCCUCCAUCUUCAACUAUGUCGCCUCCGUCUUCCACAUGGUGGUCAUUAUCUUCAUCAUCAUCGCCGGCCUCAUCAACGCCAAGACCGAAAACUACUCCGAAUUCACCCCUAAUGGCGUCCGAGGCAUAUUCAAAGCCUCCUCCGUCCUCUUCUUCGCCUACGUCGGUUUCGACGCAGUGUCAACUAUGGCCGAGGAAACAAAGAACCCCGCCAGAGACAUUCCGAUAGGACUUGUGGGGUCAAUGGUGAUCACAACGACGGCGUAUUGCUUGCUCUCAGCAACGCUCUGCCUCAUGCAGAACUACAAGGAGAUCGACAAGAACGCCCCGUUUUCUGUUGCAUUUAGUUCGGUCGGAUGGGAUUGGGCGAAGUACAUUGUUGCCUUGGGCGCGCUCAAGGGGAUGACAACUGUUUUGUUGGUGAGCGCUGUGGGUCAGGCUCGUUACCUGACCCACAUUGCGCGCACCCACAUGAUGCCUCCUUGGUUCGCUCAAGUUGAUGAGCGGACCGGGACACCAAUGAAUGCUACCAUCUCAAUGCUCGGGGCAACCGCAGUGAUUGCUUUCUUUACCGAUCUCAGCAUUCUCUCUAAUCUCUUAUCAAUUUCCACUCUUUUCAUCUUCAUGCUUGUGGCGGUUGCCCUUUUGGUUCGCCGCUACUAUUCAAGCGGAGAGACCACAAAGGAGAACCAGGUUAAGCUUAUUGUGUGCCUUGUGCUGAUUCUUGGGUCUUCAAUUGGGAUUGCUGGGUAUUGGGCCGCGAGUGAAGGCUGGGUUGGGUAUGUGAUUGCUGGGCCGGUAUGGUUGGUUGGGACCGGUGGGCUUUGGCUUGGGGUUCCGCAGGCGAAGAAGCCCAAGCUUUGGGGAGUGCCUUUGGUUCCGUGGAUACCUUCUUUGUCUAUUGCUAUUAACAUUUUCCUGCUGGGGUCUAUUGAUAAAGACUCGUUCAUUAGGUUUACGGUUUGGACAGGGUUUCUGUUGGUGUACUAUGUGUUGUUGGGGUUACAUGCUUCUUAUGAUACAGCAAAAGAGUUUGAGAACACCAAGGAGGUUGAGAAGCAGUUCAAUAAGGUGGAAGAUGGGAAAGUUUAUGAAGCUGUUUCCAAUUGACAUGCAAUAAGGUUUAUGAAUUAUGAUCAUAUGCUAGUACUUGCUAAUAGGUUUGGAUAAAUGAUUUCUUUGUUCUAGGUUGUGGAUGUGUGUAUGAAUUUGUUAUUCUGAAUUACUUGUACAUGUGGAACCGUGUGCUUUAGCUCAAUGGCACUGCCUCAAUCUUUAAGAUUUGAAUGGUAUGUUGAUUUGGAAGUUCAAUAUUAUCAAAAUUAUCACAUUUUCUUCUUA